UACUCUAAUCCGAGAAAACUGCCCAAAGUAGUAUGUAUUAGUGGGAUUCGACAUCCGAAGACUUUCUUUUUGUGAUUAUGACAAAAUGAGUGAAAUUUGAAACCGGUUUAUGUUGGAAGUGUAUGCUUGCAUGUUCAACACUUUGCCAGAUAUCCCUGAUUUUGUUGUGUUGUGUUGUUUGCAUUUGCUUGGUGUUUGGCUAGGGUUAUGAAUAUACGGCCCUCACUUUCAACGCAAAUGUGGUUGAGUUUCUAGGUUUCUGAGCUUGAAAUCAAUGGCUCCUCCUGACAGAGAAGUGCUUCAGGCGCUUGUAGAUGUUGGGGACGGCCUUCUUAAUCAUCCCUCUUCCAGUGAUCAGCUUCUCGCUCUUCUUGAUAAACUUGAGAAUAUAUUAUCAACUUUGGAUCAAGAACCAGAUGAGACCGUGAAAGAAGCAAUUCUACCAUCAAUGAAAGCAUUGAUUUCAGGUGAACUUUUGAGGCACUCAGACGAGCAUGUUAAGAUUUCUGUCGCAUCUUGCAUUGCUGAGAUUACCAGAAUAACAGCACCAGAUGCCCCUUAUGGUGAUGAACAUAUGAAGGAAAUUUUCAAGCUCACAGUUGAAGCUUUUGAAAAAUUAUCCGAUGUACCCAGCCGCAGUUAUGACAAGGCACUUUUAAUAGUUGAUAAUGUCGCAAGGGUCAGAUCAUGCCUGCUGAUGAUGGAUCUUGAGUGUGAUGACUUGAUCGUUCAAAUGUUUCAGAUUUUCCUAAGAGUUGUUAGGCCAAACCACCCUGAGGUUGUGACCUUUGCCAUUGAAGCAAUAAUGACAAUGGUCUUGAACGAGAGUGAAGAAAUUUCUGCUGAUCUUCUACGAACAAUAUUAGAUGGCCUGAGAAAGGAAAAUGAGGCAAUUUCACCUAUCUCUUGGUCAUUGGCGGAGAAAGUUAUCACCAAUUGUGCUGCUAAGCUUCAGCCCUAUGUUAUGAGAGCGGUGCAGUCCACUGGCAGACCUCUGGAUGCUUUUGGUGAAAUAGUAGUUUCAAUUUGCCAGAGAGGAUCUGAAACACUUCAAUGCAAUCACUCAAAUGGUUCUGGAGAUCCAUUGGUUCAGGCAGGUGAAAACGAGCUUUCCGUGUGCAAAAGUGCAGAUGAGCAAUACUGUGAUGACCAAGAACCAGAUAUGACUUGUGCAAGACGUGUUGCUCAAACCAUGGAUGAUUCCAAGCUGAACAAAAGAAAUCCCAGUUCUACUGUGGACAGUGAAACCAUCAAAAGGAAAAGUGCAAAGAGACAACCUUAUUCUGAUCUUACUAAGAAUGAGAAAAGAAAGAAUACAAAAACCAAUUUAGAAAAUGGAAAUUCAAGGUCAGUUGAAAAAUCAAGUUCAGAAGCUGAGCUUGAUGUCAUGCCAAAGAAAAGAGGUCAUAGACCCAAUUCUUUAAUGAAUCCUGAAGAAGGCUAUGAUCACUCUCAGAUUUGUAUGAACAGCAAAUCUGCAAAAGCAGUUAAGCUUCAAAAGGCUAGCAACGGUGGCUGUUAUUUUCCAACUGAAAAUGUGGGUGAAGUUUCCCAACCUAAAACAGGGAAAACCAUAAAACACAAAAAGGCUUGUGAUAGGGGUGCUGGUCUUCCACCUUCUAAAAGCUCUGCAUCCCAAGAGGAUAAGUUGCUUUUAGAACCUAAAAGUACUGGUGAACUUUCUCUACGUAAAACCAAUAAGAAAUCCACAAAAACAUCUCAAGGCAGAAAGGCUUGUGAUAGUGAUAUUGAGCUUUCACCUCCCGCAAAUCAUGAUUUGCUAAAGGACCCUGUUCUGAAGAAAUCUGAAAAUAAGGGCUGUAAAGCUCUAGUAUCCCAGCGUGAAACUGACAAGAACAUUGAUGCUGCUCAACCUUCAACAGAUCAGAGAACUCCUGACAAAAGCCAUCGCAAAAGGGGUCGGCCAAGGAAAAAUAGUAUCACCAAUAAUCAAGGUGCUGACCCUAGGUCUGUAUCAAUGACCAAGGAAGACCAUUUGAUUGCACAGAAUGAGGAUGUUUCUUUGGAACCUGCUAGUCUGAGGUCGGAAAGGGAUCUUGAAGUAAUGAAAGAGGCUGAAAUGAAAAAUCAGGCACCUCUGAGGAAAAUCAAAGUUGCUUCCAAGACUGAUGAGAAUACUGCCGUGAAUACUGAAUCGGUAGUUGAUGACAUAAUUGGUAAGCCUGGUGAAGAUGAGAAAGCCACGCCAGUGAUGAAUAUAGAAACAACAAAUACAGAGGAGGAUCAGGCCUUAACACAAACGAGUGUUAAGAGAAGGAGGAAGCUUGAUGCUCCACCCAAUAAAGAUGUCAAUGGCUCUUGUACUAUUAAGCAGCAGCUAACUGAGUCUUUGGGUAAGAAACUGACCGGAGCUGAAGAAACCCCUCAAACAAAACGAAGGAGGAAGAGAACCACUGUUAGUGUUGAGGCUUCUGAAAUCCAUGACUGCAAUGAACCUUCAGUUGGUAGCAGGAUCAAGGUCUGGUGGCCAAUGGAUAAAAGGUUUUAUGAAGGUGUUGUUGAUUUUUAUGACCCUGCCAAAGGAAAGCACAAGAUUUUAUAUGCUGAUGGUGACGUGGAAGUUUUAAACCUCAAAAAGCAACGGUGGGAGCUAAUUACAGACCAUGCUUCACCAGAUGCAGAUCGAGAAAUUGGCCUUCAACAGAUUGAGACGGUGACAUCAGAUACAGAAGAUAAAGGAAAAGGAAAUUCAGCACCGGAGUCCGCCAAGGGAGCAAAAGCCAGUUGUUGCAGGACAAGGGGAAGAGCAUCUGCUAGAAUCUCCAAAUCGGAAUCUGUGAAACCUGCUAGAAAAUCCAAGGAUGAUUCUGUGGUUGAUGAACCCGCUGUGGCUCAUGAAUCUGCUGUAACUAAGAAUGAGCAAGACUCAGCUGGGAAGUCAAAAAACAGAAGAUUGAAGAUUCUUUCUGAUCAGAAGAUGACCAAACCUAAAGAUAGUUCUGCGCUUGAUGAGCCCACUGUAGCUGGUGAAACUGCAGUUGAUCCACCUAGAACUGAGAAUGAGCAAGACUCAGCUGGGAAGUCAAAAGCCAAAAGGUUGACGGUAGCUUCUGAUAAGAAAAAGAUCAAACAUAGAGAUGGUUCUCCACUUGAUGUACCCAUUGAAGCUGAUGAAUCUGCAGUUGAUCCUCCUCAAACUAAAAAUGAACAAGAAUCAGCUGGGAAGCGUAAAACCAAGAGAUCAAAGAUUCUUUCUGGUAGGAGAAAGAUUGAACCGAAGGAUAAUUCUGCACCUGAUGAACCCAUUGAAGCUGAUGACUCUGCUGUUGAUCCUCCUCAAACGGAAAAUGAGCAAGAAUCAACUGGGAAGUCUAAAUCCAAGAGGUCUAAGAUUCUUUCUGAUAAAAGAAAGAUUGAACCUAAGGAUAAUUCUGCACUUGAUGAACCCAUUGAAGCUGACCGCUCUGCAGUUGAUCCACCUAGAACAAAGAAUGAGCAAGACUCAACUAGGAGUUCUAAAACCAAAAGAUCAAAUAUUCUCUCUGAUAAGAAAAUGAUUGAACCUAAGGAUAAUUCUGCUCUUGAUGAAACCAUUGAAAUUGAUGACUCUGCAGUUGACCUACCUAGAACUAAGAAUGAGCAAGAGUCAACUGGGAAGUCUAUAACUAAGAGAUCAAAGAUUCUUUCUGAUGAGAGAAAGAUUGGACCUAAGGAUAAUUCUGCUCUUGAUGAACCCAUUGAAGCUGGUGAAUCUGCAGUUGAUCCAUCUAGAACUAAGAAUGGGCAAGAGUCAGCUGUGAAGUCUAGAACCAAAAGAUUGAGGAUUCUCUCUGAUGAGGAAAAGAUUGAACCUAGGGAUAAUUCUGCACUUGAUGAACCCAUUGAACCUGAUGACUUUGCAGUUGGUCCACCUAGAACUAAGAACGAGCAAGACUCAACAAGGAACCCUAAAACCAAAAGAUCGAAGAUUCUCUCUGAUAAGGAAAAGAGCGAACCUAAGGAUAAUUCUGCACUUGAUGAACUCGUUGAAGUUGGUGACUCUGCAGUUGAUCCACCAAGAACUAAGAAUGAGCAAGACUCAACUGGGAAGUCUAAAACUCAAAGAUCGAAAAUUCUCUCUGAUAGGAAAAUGACCAAACCUAGGGAUAAUUCUGCACUUGAUGACCCUAUUGAAGCUGAUGACUCUGCAGUUGAUCCACCUAGAACUAAGAAUGAGCAAGACUCAGCUGGGAAGUUUAAAACCAGAAGAUCAAAGAUUCUUCCUGCAAAGAAACAGAUCGAACCCAAAGAUAAUCCUGUGCUUGAUGAACCCAUUGUGGCAGAUGAAUCAACAGUUGAUCCUCCUCAAACUAGUAAUGACCAAGAAUCAGCUGGGAAGUCUAAAACUAGAAGAUCAAAGACUCUUUCUGAUAAGAAAAAGAUUGAACCUAUAGAUAAUUCUGCACUACAUGAACCCAUUGUGGCUGAUGAAUCAGCAGUUGAUCCUCCUCAGACUAAUAAUGACCAAGAAUUAGCUGGGAAGUCUAAAACCAGAAGAUUGAAGAUUCUUUCUGAUAAGAAAAAGAUUGAAUCUAAAGAUAAUUCUGCAUUUGAUGAACCCAUUGUGGUUAAUGAAUCAGCAGUUGACCCGCCUAGAACUAAUGAUGAACAAGACUCAGCUGGGAAGUCAAAAACCAAAAGGGUGACUGUAGUUUCUGAUAAGAAAAAGAUCAGACCUAGGGAUGAUUCUGCACUUGAUGAACCCAUUGAAGUUGAUGAAGCUGCGGUUGAUCCUCCUCAAACUAAUAAUGAACAAGAAUCAGUUGGGAGGCCUAAAACCAGGAGACUGAAGAUUGUUUCUGGUAUGAAGAAGAUCGAACCAGACACUGAAAACGUGCAGAAGGCAAAAUUGCGAAAGGCUUGAAUCUUGUAGUGGGAAAUGCAUCAAGAAUAUGAGCAAAGGUGCCAACAAAGGUUACCGUUCUUUAAGUUUCAUGCAAUGAGGUUGUGCAGAGAGCUUCUAAUUUUGGCUUUAUUAGUGUUAGAAUUUAUCUCGUCUUGUUUCAUAUUUUCUUUCUCCGUUAUGACAGUUAUAUGUACUUAGGAUUUGCCAGGCUAGGUUCCCUUCCUGAGCAAACAGAAGGGCUCUUCUUUCAUAUUUAAUCUCAAAACUAAACAUAUGUUAAUGAAGUGUGCAAGCAGUUUACUGCAAUGGAGAAGGGCAUCUUCAAUACA